AAACCACACAUCGACACCCUAAACAAGGCAUGUCAAUGUUCUUGUACUUAGAUACAAGCUGGAGUACAGCACUUGUUGCGGCUAUAAGGAGGCCACUAACUUGCUAGCAAGGAAAUAAGCCAGGAAAGUCAACUUUCUCCACCCUUAACAACUCCGAAUAUCGUUUUUGCAACGUCAACAUCUUCAAUUUAGCUAACGUUACAUGGUUGUCUUCUAGUUAAACAGACUAAGGACUCACCAUGACACUGAAGGCCAAGCUGAGCUCAGUAUGUCUGGGUAUAGAGGGGAUGACCUGUGGUUCCUGUGUUCAGUCUAUUGAGCUGCGCAUUGGGCGUCUGCCUGGAGUCCUACACAUCAAGGUGUCUCUGGAGCUGAAGAAUGCCAGCAUCAUCUUCAACCACAGCCUCCACACCCCAGAGGAUCUGGCGGAGGCCAUCGAGGACAUGGGGUUUGACUCCAUCCUCUCAGACACUACCACAGCCUCCGAGGUCCCCACAGACACACAGCUGAUCCCCACCCCAGCCCUUCUCACCCCCGAUGCCCAACGGGAGGCUCUGGCCAGGUUAGCUCAGCUCCAGGGGGUCCUGGAGGUCCAGGAGAACAAGGACCAGAGGGGGGUGUUCAUUACCUUCAUCCCUGCCCUGAUCAGUGCACUGCAGCUGGGGGAGGUGGUUAGUAGCUUGGCCUCCUUCCUGGAGGCCCCUACAGAGGAAACCCUAGUCUCAGUCCCAGACCCUGUCUCAGUCCCAGCCUCUGUCCCAGCCCUGGUUCCAGGUUUAGCCCCUGUCCCAGACCCGGCCACACCCUCACAGGUGAAGAUGCGUAUCGAGGGCAUGGUCUGUCUGUCCUGCAUCACCACCAUCGAAGGAAAGAUUGGCAAACUGAAAGGAGUUGAGAAAAUUAAAGUGGUUCUAGACUCCCAGGAGGCCACGGUUCUCUACCUGCCAUACCUCAUCACCAUCGACGACAUCAUCACCCAGAUCGCCAAGACCGGCUUCAAGGCCAUGCCCAAGUCCAAGUCCCGCCCCCUGCAGCUGUCCGUCAGUGAGAUGGAGUGGUUGCUAAGCGCUGCCUCAUCACCCACAGAGCCGGUGGAUACUUCCACCGAGGAUUCUGAGGUGUCCACAGACUCGGCCCAGACUACCCUCAGGGUGACGGGCAUGCACUGCCGCUCCUGUGUGGUAAACAUCCAGGAUAACAUCUCCAAGCUGGCUGGGGUGACCUCCAUAGAGGUAUUGUUGGAGAGCGAGAGCGCCUCCAUUCUCUAUGACCCAGGGAGGGUGACUGUGUCUGGGCUACAGCAAGCCAUCGAGGCCCUGCCACCAGGGAUGUAUAAAACCCAACCCUGGAGCUCUACCUCUGGAGGUGUUAGCCCUACAUCCACCACACCACCACCGUCGUCCCAGGCCGGCCUCUCCUCCACCCAGCCCUGCUACAGCCAGCCUCUGACGGCCACGGCCCUAAUCCAUAUCGAGGGGAUGACCUGUGGGUUCUGUGUUCAGUCCAUCGAGGGAAGGCUGUCUCAGAGGAAGGGGGUGCGGUCAGCCAAGGUGUCGCUGGCCAAUCACAGAGGGGCGUUUGAGUACGACCCUCUCCUCACCCAACCAGAAGAGCUCAGGGAGGCCAUAGAGGACAUGGGAUUUGAUGCCUUCCUGCCUGAAACCAACUCCCUGUUGACCGUCCCAGUUAUCCGUCCCCCCUCGUCCUGCUCCCUGUCCCCUGAGGGUGUUAAGGAGCACCCGUACACCCUCGCUAAAUGCUUCAUCCAGAUUGGUGGAAUGACCUGUGCGUCCUGUGUGGCCAACAUCGAGAGGAACCUGAAGAAUGAACACGGUAUCUACUCUGUGCUGGUGGCCCUGAUGGCUAGUAAGGCUGAGGUCCGUUAUAACCCUGAGGUGAUGGACCCUCUGAAGAUAGCAGAGUAUGUCAGAGAGUUGGGCUUCACUGCUUCUGUCAUGGAGAACUAUGAGGGUUCUGAUGGAAGCCUGGAACUUGUGGUCAGGGGAAUGACGUGUUCCUCCUGCGUUCACAAAAUACAGUCCAGCCUGAUGGAAGAGAAUGGUAUCGUCCACGCCUCUGUUGCCCUGGCAACCAACAAAGCCCACAUCAAGUACGACCCGGAGGUGACGGGACCGAGAGACGUCAUCACAUUCAUAGAGAACCUGGGCUUCGAGGCAUCUCUGGUGAAGAGGGAUCACACAGGCAAUCACUUGGACCACAGCAGAGAGAUCACACAAUGGAGGAAGUCGUUCCUGGUCAGCCUGUUCUUCUGCGUCCCAAUCGUGGGGAUGAGGAUCUACAUGUUCAUAGUAGAUCACCAGAUCAGCACGUCUCACCAGCACAACACCACCGCACAGGACCGGGAACACUACCACACCACCAUGUUCCUGGAGAGACAGCUGUUCCCAGGCCUCUCCAUCAUGAACCUGAUCUCAUUCCUCUUCUGUGUCCCUGUACAGUUUAUUGGUGCGUGCAACUUCUACACCCAUGCCUACAAGGCCCUGAAACACAAAACAACCAACAUGGACGUGCUCGUCAUGCUGGCCACCUCCGUAGCCUUCACCUACUCCGUGGUCAUCCUCAUGGUUGCCAUGACAGAGAGGGCCAAGGUCAACCCCAUCACCUUCUUUGACACGCCCCCCUUGCUCUUUGUCUUCAUCUCGCUGGGGCGCUGGCUGGAGCAAAUCGCCAAGGGUGAGACGUUAGAGGCUCUGUCCAAGCUGAUGUCCCUCCAGGCCAGCGAGGCCACAGUGGUCACUCUCAACACAGACAUGUCUGUACUCAGUGAGGAGCAGGUAGAUGUAGAGCUGGUCCAGAGAGGAGACGUGGUCAGGGUGGUUCCUGGAGGGAAGUUCCCCGUAGAUGGGAGGGUCAUCGAGGGAUACAGCAUGGCUGACGAGUCUCUCAUCACAGGUGAGGCCAUGCCAGUGACUAAGAAGCCAGGCAGCUCAGUGAUAGCUGGCUCUAUCAACCAGAACGGCUCUCUGCUCGUCAGUGCUACACACGUAGGCCUGGACACAACCCUGUCUCAGAUAGUUAAACUACUGGAGGAGGCUCAGACAUCUAAGGCUCCCAUACAGCAGUUUGCGGAUAAGAUCAGUGGCUACUUUGUCCCGUUCAUCGUUGGAGUCUCUCUCUUCACUCUGUUCGCCUGGAUCCUCAUUGGCUUUGUCGACUUUCCACUGGUGGAGAAAUACUUCCCUGGCUAUGAUAAUAGCAUCUCAAAGGCAGAAGCUGUGAUCAAGUUUGCCUUCCAGACCUCCAUUACAGUGUUGUGUAUCGCCUGCCCCUGCUCUCUGGGCUUGGCAACCCCGACAGCUGUGAUGGUGGGCACGGGGGUGGGCGCUCAGAACGGUAUCCUCAUCAAGGGAGGGAAACCACUAGAGAUGGCACGCAAGAUCCAGACAGUGGUGUUUGAUAAGACGGGUAUCAUCACCUACGGAGCUCCUAAAGUCAUCCAGGUGAAGAUUGUAGUGGAGGGGAACAGGAUGCCUCGCUCCCGUCUGCUGGCCAUCGUAGGGACUGCAGAGAACCACAGUGAACACCCGCUGGGAGCUGCCAUUACCAAGUACUGUAAACAGGAGCUGGGUACAGAGUCCCUUGGUGUGUGUGCUGAGUUCCAGGCUGUACCAGGCUGUGGUAUACGAUGCCAGGUCAGUAACACUGAGACCCUGCUGAGACAACAUCAGGAGGAAGGUGAAGACAACAACCAGGGAAACAGUAUUCUGGUCCAGAUCAGGGACUGCAGAACCAGGCCAGGAUCACACCCCCUCAUCAUGGAUGCGCAGCCUCUCCCCCUGGUGCAGACAGCAUCCUACGUGGUGUUGAUGGGGAACAGGGAGUGGAUGAGGAGGAACGGACUGCAGAUCAGUCCUGAUGUUGACGAGACCAUGACUGAACAUGAACGCAGAGGACGCACUGCUGUACUGGUGGCUGUCGACAGUCUGCUAUGUGCCAUAAUAGCCAUAGCAGACACAGUGAAGCCAGAGGCAGAUUUAGCGGUUCACACCCUGCAGGCCAUGGGUCUGGAGGUGAUUCUGAUGACUGGAGACAACAGCAAGACAGCACGGGCCAUCGCUGCUCAGGUGGGUAUCAGGAAGGUGUUUGCGGAGUUGCUGCCGUCCCACAAGGUGGCCAUGGUAGAGCAGCUGCAGCAGGCAGGGAAGAGGGUGGCCAUGGUGGGUGACGGGGUCAACGACUCGCCCGCUCUGGCCAUGGCAGACGUUGGCAUCGCCAUAGGAACUGGCUCUGACGUGGCCAUAGAGGCAGCUGACGUGGUGCUUAUCAGGAAUGACCUGCUGGAUGUGGUGGGGAGUAUUGACCUGUCCAAGAAGACCGUCAAGAGAAUCAGGAUCAAUUUUGUGUUUGCUCUGGUCUAUAACCUGGUGGGGAUCCCUAUCGCUGCUGGGGUGUUCAUGCCUGUUGGUCUGGUUCUCCAGCCGUGGAUGGGUUCUGCUGCCAUGGCCCUCUCCUCUGUCUCUGUGGUGCUGUCCUCUCUACUACUCAAAUGCUACACUAAGCCCAGUGCUGAGCUACUGGAGUCUCGUUUGGGCAGUCAAAAGAGACACGCUGCAAGCCUAUCAGAUGUCAGCGUCCACAUCGGCAUGGGCGAUUUGCGCCGCCCCUCCCCCAAGUUGAGGCCAUUUGACCGUGUCGUCAACUUCUUCCGCGCAUCCAUCAACUCCCUCCAAUCAAAGCACUCCCUCAACUGCAUGGCCCUCAGCGACUCCGACAAAUACUCAUUGCUGGUGGGGGAGGCCCACUGCGAGGAGGAGUUUGUCUGAGGCUAGGUUAGUCUGUGCUAACUUAAGCUGGUUUAGCCAUUAUAUGCUUGGCUAAGCUAAGCUAACUUACGGUAGCGAAAGCUAGCCCAUGCUAACUAAGUGGGUUACAUAGGUUAAUUUUCCCAUCCAGCUAUACAGGUGCCCCCAGGGCAGCAUCUAUUGACUUGAAAAAGCCUUUCUGUUGCCCCUCCCCCUCUGUCUGACUGACAGUGUGCACUCUAAUGGAUGGAUGCUUGGGAUGACUUUAUGUUCACUACCGCUGCCAAAAUGUCUUUUGUCAACGGCUACAGGGUGAAGGGAUCUUACACUAGGGUUUAUAGGAUCUCUGGCUCUCUUUGUUCAGGGGUUUGAGACAAUGCAGGUGUCAGCCGCUAGGAAGAUGUGUUGUCUUUUUUCUGUGUUUAUAAUAUGAAGGUUUGCAGAGACUAUCUUUGACAUCUGUCCAAAGACACUCUAAAAUGGCGCCCGAUGUUAAAAUGUACUUAACACGAGUGCCUUUUUCCUUCUGAGGGAUCAGAAGUAUAAUAAUUAUGCUGUUGUAUAUUAUGAUUAUAUAAGUGUUUACGUUAGUCUUAUUUAAAAACGUAAAAACAAUUAUCACAGUACUUAUUUGUACUUUGUCAUAUAUUUUCCUUGGAAAACAAAGGAAUGUUGUUGAGCAUAUACCGAUGUCAUUUGUCAUCUAAAUGUUUUCAUCGUAAACAUUGGUUUCUCAAAUCAGGAAAUAUAUUCUGUAUGUGAACAAUCAUUUAAGAAUGUACAGUAUGAAGUAUAAACUCUAAGGAUCUCUUUCUACAGAACACUUAUGGAACCAUGUGUACCAGUAAAUGUUACUCCAAGUGCCAA